UCCUUCCGUUGCGCAUUUCCGUUGUCGUGACGUCACUUCUGGAUGUAAAUAUGCGGCUUGGUGCGGCGCUGGGAAACACAACCACUGGAAAGAUGUAAACCAACUAACCGGCAGAAACCAGGUUCAGCGAAGACACUAAACCUUCCCUCCAGGGAAACCGUACCUCUGGUCCAAUAAACGGAACUACAUCAACAGGUAGCUCGUCGGCUCGCUACCUCCGAAGUCAGCGGAGCGCCUGCCUCUAGCAGCCAUCUUUUGUGAGAGAAUGUACGGGGCGACGCGGCGGGCCUGCUCGGGCUCUGGUCGGGACCGGAGCUUGCUGAUGCUGACCACCGCGCUCCUUCUCUCGGUUAUCGGGCUGCUGUCCGGCUUGCCUGGCUUCACCGAGGCCAAGGAGUGCGAUAAGCCGUGUAUGAACGGCCAGUGUAACACCGCCACUGGCGAAUGUGUAUGUUUCCCCGGCUGGGUUGGGGACCAAUGCCAGCACUGCGGAGGGCGAUUCAGAUUGACGGGGCCCUCUGGUUAUCUGACUGACGGUCCAGGAAACUACAAAUACAAGACCAAGUGCACCUGGCUCAUUGAGGGACAGCCCAACACCAUUCUGCGAUUACGGUUCAACCACUUUGCUACUGAAUGCAGCUGGGACCACCUCUACGUGUACGACGGCGACUCCAUCUAUGCGCCCCUUCUGGCGGCUUUCAGCGGUCUGAUUGUUCCUGAGCGAUAUGGGAACGAGACCGUCCCGGAGGUGGUGUCUCAAUCUGGCUACGCCCUGUUGCACUUCUUCAGCGAUGCUGCCUACAACCUGACCGGCUUCAACAUUUCCUACCGAGUGAACACCUGUCCUAACAACUGCUCUGGCCACGGAGAGUGUCAUGUGGGGAACUCCACUUCUUCUGUGUACUGCGAGUGUGAAAAUUACUGGAAGGGGGAAGCCUGUGACAUCCCGUACUGCCUGGCUGACUGCGGGGAACCUGAAAGAGGCAGUUGCAAGGACAAGACCUGCGUCUGUACGGCUGGGUGGCAAGGUCCUGACUGCUCCGUCUCGGUUCCUGCCAAUUCCUCUUUUUGGAGCCGAGAGGAGUACACCGAGGCCGGGCUGGCCAGGGCUUCCCACAAGGCUGUAGUUGAGCUGGGCGUCAUGUGGGUCAUCGGAGGCUACGUCUUUAACGCCUCCGACUAUCACAUGGUCAAAGCGUAUAACGUCAGCAGCAAGACAUGGAUGAGCCUCGACCCCUCCGUCAACACUGUCACACCACGAUACGGCCACUCGCUAGCCCUGCACGAGGGUAAGAUCUACAUGUAUGGCGGAAAGAUCGAUGCUACCGGAAAUGUCUCCAGCCAGCUGUGGGUUUUCCACAUCCAGAAUCAGACCUGGGUCCUUUUAAGCCCCAGGGCCAAGGAGCAGUAUGCCGUGGUGGGACACUCUGCCCACAUUGUGCCUCCUGUCCACGAGGGGGACGGUCCCGUCAUGCUAGUUCUGUUCGGGCACUGUCCUCUGUACGGUUACAUCAGCCAGGUGCAAGAGUACAACAUUGCCAAGAACACAUGGAGCAUCGUGUCUACAGAUGGUGCCUUGGUCCAGGGGGGCUAUGGCCACAGCAGUGUGUUUGACCCCAGCACCAGAGCCAUCUACAUCCACGGAGGCUACAAAGCCUUCAGCGCCAACAAGUAUGGCCUAGCAGGAGACCUUUACAAGUUUGAUGUGGGCAAGAGGAAAUGGACCAUUCUGAGAGACAGCGGCUUCUUCCGGUACCUCCACACAGCAGUGAUGGUUAGUGGGAUGAUGCUGGUGUUUGGUGGAAAUACCCACAACGACACCUCCAUGAGCCACGGCGCCAAGUGCUUCUCAUCGGACUUCUUGGCCUACAAUUUAGCGUGUGAUGAGUGGACAGUCUUACCUCGACCGGACCUGUACCACGAUGUCAACCGCUUCGGACACUCUGCAAUCUUCAGUGAUGGCGUUAUGUACGUGUUCGGUGGCUUUAACAGUCUACUGCUCAGCGAUGUCCUCACGUACACCUCGCCCAGCUGCUCGGCCUUUUCCAGCCCGACGUCCUGCAGCCAGGCCUGGCCAGGAAUUCACUGCGUGUGGAACGCCACCCAGGAGGCCUGUCUGCCUUGGGAAAGCGACGUUAUCGGCACUGAACAGCAGCAGCAGCCCUCCUGCAACACGAGAUCAUACGGUGAUGCUGAGAGAUGUGACCAGUAUACCGACUGUUACAGCUGCACUGCCAACACCAACGGCUGCCAGUGGUGUUCGAGCCAAUGCGUGUCUCUUGGAAGUAACUGCACCUCUGCAUCGGGGGCCAUAGCCGAGUAUGAAGUUUGCCCCAAGGACAACCCGUCGUACGUGUGCAACAAGAAAACAAGCUGCAAGAGCUGUGCUGUGGACCAAAACUGUCAGUGGGAUUCUCGCAACCAAGAGUGCAUCUCGCUGCCAGAGAACGUGUGUGGUGAAAGCUGGCACCUGGUGGGCAACUCUUGUCUGAAAUUCAUCACGACCAAGGACUCGUACGAUAACGCCAAGCUGACCUGCAGGAACCACAACGCCGUCCUGGCCUCUCUGACCACACAAAAGAAGGUGGACUUUGUCCUGAAGGAGCUGCAGAUAAUGAGCGUGGUGUACAAGGCCACUGUGACGCCGUGGGUAGGGCUCAGGAAAAUCAACGUGUCCUACUGGUGCUGGGAGGACAUGUCGCCGUUCACCAACACCACCCUGCAAUGGCUGCCGGGUGAGCCAAGCGACGCCGGGUUUUGCGGCUACCUGGCCGAGCCGGCAGCCACCGGACUGAAAGCUCAAACCUGCAUAAGCCCGGUGAAUGGCAGCCUGUGCGAACGACCAGCCAACCACAGUGCCAAGCAGUGCCGGACACCCUGCGCCAUGAGAACCACCUGCAGCGAAUGCACCAGCAGCAGCAGCUCAGAGUGCAUGUGGUGCAGCAACAUGAAGCAGUGCGUCGACUCCAACGCCUAUGUAGCCUCCUUCCCCUUUGGCCAGUGUAUGGAGUGGUACACCAUGAACACUUGUCCACCGGAGAACUGUUCUGGAUACAGAACGUGCGGGCAGUGUCUGGAUCAGCCGGGCUGCGGUUGGUGCACUGACCCCAGUAACACGGGCAAAGGUCAGUGCAUCGAGGGUUCCUACCGCGGGCCCUUCCAGACCUCUGUCCCGGCCCCUUCCACCCUUCCUGGUCUGCCCGCCAAUCCUCAGCCAGCCCUCAACGCCAGCAUGUGCCCGAGCGAAUCAAAGUACAACUGGUCUUUCAUUCACUGCCCAGCUUGUCAGUGUAAUGGUCACAGCCAGUGUGUCAACGAAAGCAUCUGUGAGAAGUGCGAGGACCUGACAACCGGCCGACACUGCGAGAGCUGCAUCUCCGGCUUCUACGGAGAUCCGACCAACGGGGGCAGCUGCCAGCCCUGCAAGUGCAAUGGCCACGCAAGCAUGUGCAACCCUAACAAUGGCAAGUGCUUCUGUACCACCAAGGGCAUCAAAGGAGACAGAUGCCACCUGUGUGAAGUCGAGAACCGCUACCAAGGCAACCCCCUCAAAGGAACAUGCUAUUACACGCUCCUCAUCGACUACCAGUUCACCUUCAGCCUGUCGCAGGAAGACGACCGCUACUACACGGCCAUCAACUUUGUGGCCACACCUGAGGAGCCAAACCGAGAUCUAGACAUGUUCAUAAAUGCCUCCAAGAACUUCAAUCUGAAUGUAACCUGGGCCACCAGCUUCACCGCGGGCACCCAGGCCGGAGAGGAGAUCCCCAUCGUCUCUCGGAGCAACAUUAAAGAGUUCAAAGAAAGCUUUUCCAAUGAGAACUUUGAUUUCCGAAACAGCCCCAACAUUACUUUCUUCGUCUACGUCAGUAACUUCACGUGGCCCAUCAAGAUCCAAAUUGCCUUCUCCCAGCACAGUAACUUCAUGGAUCUGGUGCAGUUCUUCGUCACGUUCUUCAGGCAGUCCUGGAAGGAACAGACCUCCUCUGUCCAGACUCAUCUGAUAAGCUGAAAAACGCUCCGGUCCGAUGAACAGAAUCAACUUCUGGAGAUUUACUUGUCUUGAUGCACGCUCAUCCAGGUGUCAGCUGAGACUGAAAAAGCCACUUGGAUGAGUGACGAAACGUUUCUCCCACUGAAAACGCUACGUCUAGAUGAACAAAAUCGACUUCUGGAGAUUCUAAUUCUAACUAAUAUCAAACAGUUAAACAGACUAAGGUUGCUUAUAUGGAGCGAUCGUGGCUCAAGAGUUGGCAGUUCGUCUUGUAAUCGGAAGGUUGCCGGUUCGAGCCCCAGCUUGGUCGUUGUGUCCUUGGUCAAGACACUUCACCCGUUGCCUUCUGUUCGUGGUCAGAGGGCCCGGUGGCGCCAGUGUCGGGCAGCCUCAUCUCUGUCAGUGCAGCUGUGGCUACAAUGUAGCUGCCAUCACCAGUGUGUGAAUGUGUGUGUGAAUGGGUGGAUGACUGAAUGUAGUGUAAAGCACUUUGGGGUCCAUAGGGACUGAGUAAAGCACUAUACAAAUACAGGCCAUUUAUAUACUGUCAAGAUGCUGUAUGGUCUACAUUCUUUUAUCAAUAAAAGAAAAAAGUAAACGUGCCUGUUUGUAUGGUUUUAAACAGUUUGGUGGAAACCAGCUGCUUCCGUGUUUCUCUAAACACACACUAACACUGGUUCAGACCCAGUGUAGUGUUUGCCCACAGAUUACUUCUUGUGGUGUGCACUGACAGGCAGAUUCACUUUCACCCUUUAGGAACACCUGAAAAAGAGAAGCAGAGAGAGAUACUGAACACUCAUCCAAACCUGGCCUGUCUGUCCUAAGGGGCCUCCCCCAGCACUCAGCAGGUGCUGCUGCCUGUGCUGUGCCAGAUCUCCCCCCCCCCCACUCUCUCUCCUCUCCGAGCUUUUUAGUCCUCACUUUCUUUCUGUCUCUGGAUUUCUGCCUUCUCAUAUUCUGAACGUGGGCUGCUGCAAAACUGCCUGUUUACCUACUGUCUUCUCUUCUUCUGUCUGCGUUAUCUCCACAUUUCUAACCUUCUCUUCAUCUUCACCUCUGCCUCCUUUCCUCACAGCAUUGUUUUCUUAACUUCUCGCCCCUUCUUCCCACCCCUCUCUUGCUUUCUUCGCGAUCUUUGCAUCGAUAUUCAUCUAGGCCCGGUCAUCAGUGAGGAGCGAGAGCGAUACAAGUGUAAGAUGCAGCAGAUAGAGUGCAAGAAGCACCUUGUGGCAAAUCCCUCCUGGUGUGUCUGUGAGAAGCUGAAAGCCCCUCUGCGUCCCAUUAAUAAUAAAUCACUGAGAUCAGUAGAUUUGACUCGAAGCCUCCACUCCUCCUCCUCACCACUUUCCCUCACCUGUAAUGAGUUGGGAGGAGGGUACGAGGAAUGUGACCAAGGCCACAACACGAGGGGAAAAAGUCCCAAGAGGAGGGCAACGUUUUUGUUUGUUUGUUUCUCCUCCCCAUCUGAUCAGCCUCGUGUCUACCCCCUUCCUCUACGUCUAGCACGUUUGCGUUCAGGGCUGCUUUUUUUCCCUUAACAAUGAGUUUUGGCAGGGUUAUACAAGCAAAAGCAAAAAAGCUCGCAGGACAAAAGAUGAUGUGGAAUUGGAGUUUUCAUGCUGCGGGCCUCAGCUCAGGAUUGUCUGAAAUAUAAUGCGACUUGUUGAAUAGCUCUCAUUUCUGCAGUUUAUUACCUGGUGAGGUUCGAUGGUGCAAAAACUCAAACUGCGUAGGUUUUUUUCAAAGGAAAUCUCUUCCCUUUCCAUUAAUCAAUUUCUAAAUCCUAUUCCCUAAGAAGCUUUUUGUUUUCAUCCUUGAGUUUGUCGCUACCACCUUAAUCCGAAUGACAUCUAAGGCAGAUGGUAAGACACUCACAAACUUGCAUUUAGCAAGUUCUGUGCUUUGGUAUUUUCAGUAAAUAUCAGCCCUCACAUUGCAGCCCCAGUGGCCAAACGUACAACAUUAAAUGAUUAUUUCCACAGCACGAUUAAUCAUCCUCUUAUUGAACUUCCAGUUUCAAAGAAGCACAAUUCUAAUUAGCUUCACCCUGUCAUCUUAACAAGCUCUAAGGGAUGAAACAAUAACUGAGGGUGGCCAGUUUAAUUAUCAAUUAAUUAAUUAAUUCAUAAUUCGCAUUGGGGAAGUCAACAGGGCUGUGCGAAACUGUUAUGCGGAGUGAACGGACUCUAUGGCAGAACACACAGAAGCGCAGAAAAUGCAGGGAGUGCUCUUUAUUUACAGUGUCAAACUUAUUUACACGGGAUGAGAUAUGUACGCUGAUAAAUAAACCGAAGGAAACCAGGGGAGGGGGCUGACACGCAUUCGGAGGGAAAGGGGUUACCUGCGCACGCAGGGUGGAUGUAUGAGAAAAAGAAAAACGAAACUUUAGGGGGAGAUGCCAAACAACCGGUAAGAAACGGCAAUAAACAUGGGGAGAGUUGGAGAGCUCACUUGUCACACUGGCUGUACAGGCUCGGGCGAGGAUUCUCGGGAUGUGGGAGAAACGCUGAGAUUGAUCUCUGUAGUGAUCCCGGAAAUGCGGCUUCACAAACAGCUGACAGGUAAGCGGGUGAUGGAUCCGGCUGAGGAUACAGGACAACAGGUAAACAAACAAAAUCCAAGACAUAGGUUGGCCGUAAUGCACACCGCGGAGAAUUAACAGACACGUUACCACUCGGGGAGGUGGCAAGAGGUGGGGAGGUGUGCUGAAAACAGAAGCGGACCCCGUGACACCACACCAGAGAAACCCCACCAACUCCUAAUAGUACCCCCCCCCCCCAGGACCGCUCCUCAGGCCCGUACCCCUCCCAGUCCAGGAACAAGUGCAGCCCACGGCUUUGGUUGCAUGCUUCUCAUUCUGCUUUCUUAGACCGUAUUUGGUUUUGCCCUCGUACCGAAAAUAACCGCUGCUUCCAUUGUUAGAGCAGAGAGUAAAGAAAUGAUCUGGAGCUGCACAGAUUAUACCCAAAUUUGUAUUCUGUGACAUGUUCAGGUCCUCAUUUUAUUUCAGGUAGGUUAGCCUUUCUUUGAAGGGUCCCAUCACCCGCAGCGCUGCAGGGUUUAGUGGCGACAAGUGCAUGGCAGAAUAGGACCUCUGAGCAACUGCUGAUUAGUGUGUGUGGUUCAGCGGACAAAACUUAUCAGUCGUAGCGAAAAUGAAAUGCUGUUUGGCUAGUGAGCAGGUUUCAUUUCCCACCCCGGAGUAAAAGCCAGCAGCAGGCAGACUGCAGGAUUAGUAUUCAGCUGGCUGUGGACAACAGAACCAGUGUGCUGGUGUUUGCCCUGUGGCUGUUGUCUUGCUGUCAGGUUAGCCAAUGACACGUCAGAGCUCACCUCUCUGGCCUCAGCAGCCGAUGGCUAUAAUACACUUCGCCUGGCUCUUUUUCCGCUUUCCACUCUGCCACAAAUAGACGGCAUCCAUCUUUUUUUUUUACCCGAGACACUCAAGAGCUUUGCACACAGUAUUCUUUUUUUGCCAGCGUUUUAGCGUCUUCUGUUAUGUCAUCAAACUUUGGACUGCCUUAUUAUGGACUGAGCAGCUAAACUUUUUUAAAUUCAAGCUAGAAGUGAGAAAAUUCCACAUUUCUAAAUGGAACAACAUUGAAAUAUGCUCACGAUGUUCUCAUUUUAGAAUGCAUUUGAAGGUAAAACUGCGAUAUAAGUAAUCUUUUACUCUAGAAUAAAUGUCUGUCUGAUAUUUUUGCCUGAAAUUAAUCUUGUUUAAAGUAGGAAAAGCAUUAAUAGCAUCCAGAAAAUGUGAAUAAUGGCAUGCUGACACUCUUUCUAAACAUCGGGUGCUGUGAAAAAGUGUUUUCCCUCUUCUUGAUUUCUUAGUUUAUUGCACAUUUUUCAUAAAAAAUUUUCAGAUCAUCAAGCAAAUUUUAAGUACUAGUACUGGACAUUCACUAACACGGUAUCAAAUAUCAUAAGAAUCCAUACCAAAUGAUCUUUUUAAAACAUUUUAUUUUAUGUUUUUGGAGCUGUAGUUUACAGUCUGUUCCAUAAAUCACUGUCAGUGUCAGAACAAUACUUUCUGCUGUUUUUAAAAUUCAACUUACCGGUAAUUACAACUGAAUACGAUGAGUUUGAUGAAACUGGUGAUUUUAACCUGAAUAUUUGGUAAAAUGUUAAUUAGUUUCGGGUCUUGUUUUAAAGUGACUUUUUGCUCAUCGCACUAAUUCAAUUCAAACGGUUUUGUUUUCAGGAAACUGAAAUAAUCAUUUAAUGUGUUUAGAGAGUCAGUAUUUUUUUCCUUCGUAAACUUUCAAACUUUGAUUCCGUCACUUUUCAUUACACGUUAGAUAUCUGAGGAAACUGGAUAAAAGGAAUCGUACUGGUGAGUUCCUGCUACAAAGUUGAUUUAGAUCUUUUCCCCAUUAGGUGUUUUUCAGCAGAGGGAACCUCCCUUGAACAUGCCAUCAGAGUGAUUCUCUUUAACCUGCUUUACCUGGCUCGCUCGGUGCUCUUAAAAAGCAUGAAAAUAACCGAGACAGAUCUCACAGGAAGUAGCAAUCUGCGCUGAUUUGAAUUAAUCUCGACACAAGAAACAGUACUGUUAAUGCAACUGUGUUGUUAGGGCAACAUAAACUUCCUUGUAUGUAAUGUGUAUGUGUGCACCGUUGAACCUGAAGGGUGCAGUAAUGUAAAUUUGUAUCUGUAGCGUAGUAGGGUUAAGUUUACCCCACUAUCAGUUGUCUGAUGUUUUGUUUUGUUUUGUUUUUCAUGUGUUCUGUACUUUGUGUCAUUUUGUUAAGGGUAUUGCUGGAGUCUGCUACACAAAGGCAAACAGAUGCUCCGUUUAGAUCACCAUCUUCUAACUGUACAGGAAUUCGCAUAAAUAUAACCCCCGAAAUCCGUAAUCCGUUGGCUCAGAGUUGCUUUUAUUGAGACGUUAGUGAAGGUGAAGUGCGAUUGUCACAGGUGGCUUUGGUGAGGCAGCAUCUGCUGGUGAAUAUUCUUUUCUAUUUUCAUUGAAAGUGAGAGAUGCUGGUGUGACGUAUGGGUUGAGGUGGGAGCUGAAGCUUGACUAACUUUCCCAGCAUCCCUUGCAGAGGUUGAGAUCAAAUGAAGCACAUUUCUCUGUGUCUGUCUCCGUCUGCUUCUCUUAGUUUUUGUCUCUCCGGUGUUACUUUCGAUUCCUUCAGUCUUUGUCUCUUGCUCCAUUUUCUCCUCCUUAACUCUAAACUUAUACCAUUGUUUAGACUUCAGCUUACACUUUCCAAUCUGUCUGUGUUUCACGUUGUCUUUCACCAUCGCUGUCCAUUUUCUUCAUCAUUGUCUUUCCUUCUCUUCUUGUCCUUUGUUUCUCUCUCCUUUUCCCCUCCCACCCUGCUGAGCAGGGAAGCCUUUGAUGUGAAGCCGAUAUCUAUUCAUGCAAGUCAUUCAUCAGCACCGUGUUGCUUUUAAAGCAAUGAGCAGGAAGCCAGAUCAAUAAGAUGGCUGAACGGAUGGAUCUCUUAAGGGGCUUCUUCAGCCCAGAGAGAUAAGGGAAUCUUUUUUUUUUCUUCUUUUUUUAAAUAAAUGGCACUUUAAAGAGUCACACAGGGUGGGCGGGGGCUCAGAUGGGGUCGGGAGCGAUGAAUGAAGAUCUGACGCUUCACAGCCACUAUUAAAAUAGGCAAAGGCAUUUAGAUGGAAAAAGUGGUAGAACGUUGGAGAAAACCCUGCGAGGGGUCUGACUGGAAGGCCCUGUGUCUGAAGAAGUUACGCUUCAAUGUGGACUAAUUAAAUCCACUUCAAAGCCCAGAAAGUUUAUUCACAAAUAUUCUUUAUGCGAUAAACACUAGCAAAAAAAACUACACUUGAGACAAUAAAGCAUAAAUGUAUUUAUGAAAGUCAAAGCCAGGAGUUUUCAGUCUUUCAGACAGUUAGCUGUGAGCCCAUUAAUCAUUGAGGACUCAGUCUUGUGUUGAAUACUGCAGUACAUAGAGACCUGGAGGCCGAUAUGCCACGGUGUAAACUAGAAACACGGCUUCACUUACUUUGUACUGUUCUGUAUUUUUAAAUUAGAUGUGACACAUAGUGCCAUGAAGCUUGCCAGCUUUGUGUCUCUGAUAGAAAUGCCUUUAGCUAGGACAAAACACCAGAGUAUGCUCCUUUUUUUUUUAAAGUUCUAACCUAUGUGGACUUUUAAAUUGACCCAUAUAUGAAAAUAAAUUACGUGAGACUUAAUAUUUAAUCUCACGUAUCUCUUUUCUUAAGGCUAGAUGGGUUUUUUUGUCUUUUUCUCCCAUCCUGGAGGAAACUGUCACGAAUCACUCAUAUUUAGGCAUUUUGCCAUCGUACUUCUGAUAGCUUUGACUCAAGAUCAGCAAGAGCCGUGACAGGCUGAGAGUGAAGCUGAGUGCUAAAGAUGUUGUCCCUGAUGUGUUUACACGUGCGCGCACACACACACACUCACUCCAUCUUGUCUAAGUACACGUCUGGAAGCCAGGGAGAGCAGACGCGCACACACACACUGAUGCUAACAAACCAUGUCACCCAGCCAUGUCACCACAAUCAUCAUCACCUCAAGGUGUUUUUCUGUAGAGCGUAAAUAGCGCUAAGCGUUUUGAUUCUUUGUAUAUUUUAUUUGUGUGUGUUUGUGUGCGCGUGUGUUGAGGGGGGAGGGCGGUUCUUGAAAUGAACCAAGAAAAACACAUUAUGUGUUCAAGAAAAAACAUGAAAAAACAUUUCACAAAGUGCUGAAGAAUGAAAGGAAGCGAGUGUAGAGUAAAACAGAACAGAAACAUAACAGGAUGACAAAGAUGGUGCUUGAUGCCAACACUUGGAGCUCGAGGGCAUAAAAUGGAAUGGUGGUUGAAGACCGUCUGUGUGUGUGUGUGUGUGUGUUGUUUAAAAGUAUUUAAGCAGAAAAUCAUCAUGUGUGACCACCCUCCUAAACAAUCUGAAGAAAAGCGCAAAGUGUACAUCCGUUUUCUUUUUGCUAACCUUUUGUUUUUUAGCUUGUUUCUUUUGACGUUUAGCACGAUCACUUUGUAUCCCGUUAAGAAGUGACAUCAUCAGCUGUUUUUCUAUAGCUGAGAAUGUAUCGUUUUGAUUCUUUUGAUCUUGAAAAAAAGGACUAAUUCCAGUAAAAUGAAAAUUUGUGUAACUUUGUCAGCUGCCCAUAUUUGUCAAGCAGUUUUCCUGGAUUUCCAGUACAGAUGGAAAAGGCUGCAGUGAUGUGUCAAAUUGACUUCAAAGGUUGUGCGUAUUGUGGCAGAUUCAUCGCUUAUGAUAAUUAAUCUUACCCUUCGAGUUUCAGACCUGUCGCUCUUUAAUGCUGUUCAGUGUGGGCUGGCAUCACCUCGUUUUAUUUUGCUUUAUUUUCCUCCCCUACUUGCUGUCAGUUUAAAAUGCACACAUGUAUAUGUUUGAUGUCAAAAAUCUGUUUGUUAAUAUAUUUAUCGGUGACAGAAAAUAAAACUCGUAGUCAAAUACUUCUUUCCUAUAAAGUUAACAUCAAACCAUCCUUAUAGCUUUUGAUGAGAAGACAAAAGCUUAUAGGUUUUGUCUUCUCAUCGCUUCAUUUAUCUGUUUUUAUUUCUUUUUUUAAUAUAUUUUGGACUCAUCUCUUCCUCUGUCU